AUGGAAGCCGAAAUGGAAGUCGAAUUUGAUUCUAACUUUUAUUUUGGAGUUCUUUGUUCUCACAUUUCUCAGGUUUCAAAAGAUGGUGCGAUUCCUGCUGAAUGGAACCAAACACUGGAUUGGCAAAAUGAAAAUUUUGAUAAUAUGUGCAUGCAUACACGUUUAAAUAAAACUAUAAUUUCCAAUAUGGCUGGUGGGCACUUCAGAGACUCAAGAAGUCGUUCAGAACCUUCCCAACUCGAAGCGCUUUUACGUUACAACCCUAAUCAUAAAGUUUCGCACAUUGGAGUGUGGCAU